GUAAGUGCUUGCAGUGGAGGUGUUGAGACAAAAGGACAGGUACUAUUCUACUGGUGAGGAGAAAUACUAGUCAGUUGACAGAGAGAGACAGGCAGAUAGAAAGCACAGAGCAAGAUAACCUCAGAUGUGUUUUUAGUGUUGGAUUCAAAGACUAUUAUCAUCAUCAAACCACUCUGGAACAACAACAAAAACGGUCAAGAGGAAACCAACAUCUAACCAAGAAAAUAUCUACAGUCGUCUCUACACCAGAAGACUGGAAAGAGAGCUGCUAUACUUGUAGAGACAGGACAGAGACUGUUUCAUCGUUAUUAUUCACCAGCCCAGGAACUGACCAUCAUGACACAUCAGGUCAGCCGCUCUCCAUUCCUCAAGCCCUUCUACACCAGGACCCCGGUUGGUGGGGUCAUUCCGCGAACCCAGAGACGCCACACGCUCCCCGCCAGCGAGUUCAGGAACCUGACCCCACAGGACGCCAUCAGCGUGUUCGAGAUCGAGAGAGAAGCAUUCGUCUCUGUGUCUGGUGAGUGUCCACUCACUCUUGAUGAGGUGCUGAACUUCCUAAGUCAGUGUCCGGAGCUCUCCUUGGGCUGGUUUGAAGAGGGCCAGCUGGUGGCGUUCAUCAUCGGCUCAGGCUGGGGCAAGGAGAGACUGGAGCAGGAGGCCAUGACCCAACAUAUCCCAGAAACCUCGGCAGUGCACAUCCAUGUACUGUCUGUACACCGCCACGCUCGCCAGCAGGGUAAAGGUUCCAUCCUGCUGUGGCGCUACCUGCAGUACCUGCGAUGUGUGCCAGGCCUCCGGAGGGCCCUGCUGGUCUGUGAGGAGUUCCUGGUGCCCUUCUACCAGAAGGCAGGCUUCAAGGAAAAGGGGCCUUCUGCCAUCACCGUGCCCAACCUCACCUUCCAGGAGAUGGAGUACCAUAUCGGCGGAGCGGCCUACGCACGGCGGAACAGCGGCUGCUAGUCACUGCCGGCCAUCACCACCCCGCUCAUAAUCACAUCAAUCCUAGCACUGGAACUCAUCCACCAUGUAAACAUAGACUCUGGUCAUCACAGGUGACCGUCCAGACCACACUAUAGCAGACAGACAGAUCCACGCACCAACCUGGUCUCAGAGCAUUUCAUAAUAUUCUGUACGUAAAUUCGAGACACUCCAUUUAGUAUGAUAGGUUACAUUUGGUGUGGUUACAUAAGACAGAUGGUUACUUAAGGAGGGUGGGCAUUUAAAACGAACAUCUAGUAAAGAUUGCGAGUUCAAAUCUCCUCACGGACAACAUUAGCAACUUUUCAACGACGUACUACUUUUUAGCUACUUUGCAACUACUUAGCAUGCUAUCCAAAACUUCCCCUAAGCCUAACCUUAACCCUUUAAGCAAACCCUUCACGUUUAGCUAACCUUUCACGUAACUCUAACCUUAAACCUUUUAGCUAAUCUUCCCCUAAACCUAACCCUAACCUUAACACUUUAACUUAACUCAUAAACUUAACCCUAACCCCUAACCUAGCUAACAUUAGCCACCUAGCUAGAAUUUGCAACAUAUUACAUGUUUUGUAAAAUCCUAAUAUAUUGUAUGUUUUGCAAAUUCUGAACAUAUAUAAUAUGAAUUGUAAAUCGUAAUAUCAUACUAAAUGGAUUAUCUCAGAUUUACAUACAGAAUCAUAUGAAAUGCUCUGAGACUAGGUUGCAACCACAGGUGCUCCAUGAGAGAAGGCACUGCCCCAUCAAUCUCAGCUGCAGCACCAGCAGGCUCGGAGACACCAUCUUUCAGUGCCUCACAGACAGCAUCCCGACCCCCUGCAACAUAGAGAGGGGACAUGCACCAUCGCAUGAAGGGGACAAGAAUGGGCUUUCUUAGAAAACAGCAACAGAAAGAAAAACAAAUUGUUACUGAUAACAGACUGAAUCAGAAUAUGUUUGAGAUGCAAUGUCGAGUUUCUGCAUACUUUGUGUAUACGUCAUUGAAUUAUCAAAGUUCGAAUUUUGCAGUCCCAACAUUCUCCAUUGUAAUUAUGCUUCGUUUUGAGAGUAUUUAAAUUAAAUGUUCCUUGCCACAAAUCGUACUUUGUAGUACUAUUCUCGUUUGAGGUUUGCAUUACUACUAAUACUACGAUUAAUACUACUAAUACUACUAUACUAUUAAUACUACUAAUACUAUUAUUGUUAUUGAGAUACUAACUCUACUUUUGUUAUUGAGAUACUGUUACUGAGAUACUACUAUUAUUGAGUUCUCUGAGUGUGAUGUAAAUACCAUUUUAUUUUUCGAAACCCCAUUAGUCCUCUAGUGUGUUGAACUCUUUGGCUGUUGCUCACCUUUCGUAUUAACACUAUGAUGUACGAAGGCGACAAAGGGAAACGAUGCCACUGAUUUUAUAGCUCCUCAUACUCCCUAUAACAUUGACAUACAUCACGGAAAACAGUGGUGCCUUCAACAAAGCCGACUGUUAGCGAACGGUAACUAAUGUUCAUGUCUGAAAGUAAAAGGGCAGCAUCAGUCACCACAGAAAAUCAGACAGACUUCACUGACGGAUUUCUUUUCAAAGUUUUCUUUUUUUUACUGUUGUAUUCAGUUACAUACGAGUAGAUAGGUAGCUAAAACACUACCUUGUUUCCAUCCAUCAUUACUUCUGAAGAAGCAACAAACCAAUCAAAGGAUAGCAUUUGAGUGCUCAACGUAUUGUAACAAAAAUAUGGCAGUAGUUGGUACAUUUAUCAGCAAGGCACCAAAGGUAUUCAUGUCUGAUUUGUUUGUCCCUGGUUGUUUUGAGAGGUUGCCUGAAUAAUUACAAAACCUACUCCUCGAUUGUGAGUGUUAAAAACAUGAAAAUACAAAUUUAAA